AUGAACUCUGUUUCCCCCAACGCGGUGCAUUACACGGGCGGCGCAAUGCACAGUGAGCUAGUGGAGGGCCGGAGGCAGCAGUCCCCGGCGCAGCAGGGUGGUCUUGGACUUAGACCUCCCCAGAGUCCAGAUCCCAGCAAAGAAGCGAGUGGAGAGCCCGAGGAGCUGGAUAAACUCAAAGCCAAAUUAAUGACAGCAUGGAACAACGUCAAAUAUGGAUGGACUGUGAAAUCAAAGACGACCUUCAAUAAGAUUUCACCAGUCACUGUUCUGGGACACUCCUAUCUGCUUAACAGUGAAGACCAAGUGGAGCGCUUCCGCCUAGCUUUUGUGUCCAGGCUGUGGCUGACUUACAGGCGGGAGUUCCCUCAGUUGGAGGGCUCCAAUUUGACCACUGACUGUGGCUGGGGUUGCAUGCUGCGCAGUGGCCAGAUGAUGCUGGCUCAGGGCCUCCUUGUCCAUCUAAUGCCCAGAGACUGGACUUGGCCAGAUGCUCAACAAUUCACAGACGUGGACUUUGAAGUGUUGCGAGUACGUUCGCCGGUGCGUGUGGGUGGCGUACCUAUUCCCUCUUUCGGCUCCCCACGAGGAUCCAGCAUACCCGAGAAGACGCCGCCCAGUAAUCUGACUCCUGGUAGUACUCAAAAGAAGAGAUGUGAGCCCUCACGGGAUCGACAAGCCGAGUCCAUCCACCGCAAACUACUCUCAUGGUUUGGGGAUCAACCGCCAACACCUUUUGGGGUGCACCAGUUGGUGGCAAUUGGCAGGAGUUCUGGAAAAAAAGCUGGGGACUGGUACGGCCCGUCCAUAGUUGCACACAUACUGCGGAAAGCUGUAGCUAAAACUACUGUUAUUCAAAACCUGGCUGUGUAUGUGGCUCAGGAUUGUACAGUGUACAAGGAGGAUGUCACACAUUUGUGUGAACCACCCCUCACCCACACUGCUCCAGAACCAGACAACGAAGCCUGGAAGUCAGUCAUCAUCCUGGUACCUGUCCGCCUGGGUGGGGAGGCCCUCAACCCGUCUUAUAUUGAAUGUGUCAAGAACAUCCUAAAGCUGGAAUGUUGUAUCGGUAUCAUUGGAGGCAAGCCAAAGCACUCCCUGUACUUUGUCGGCUUCCAAGAUGAGCAGCUGCUGUAUUUGGACCCUCACUACUGCCAACCUGUGGUAGACGUCAGUGAAGUCAACUUCCCACUUGAGUCCUUCCACUGUAGUUCUCCCAAAAAGAUGCCCUUCACUCGAAUGGAUCCCAGCUGCACCAUUGGCUUUUAUGCCAGGAACAAGAAAGACUUUGAGUCUUUAUGUUCUGCUGUUAGUCUGGCCCUGUCAUCCUCAAGUGAGAAGUACCCAAUCUUCACCUUCGUGGAGGGCCAGAGUCAGGAUUAUGGACUGGAGGAGAACAGCAGCCACCCCACCGCAUGCCCCGCACCACAUAUCCUACCCCCUGGCAAUCCUGCCCAGGUUAAUAACAGACGAAAUAGUGACGAGUUUGUCUUCCUGUGA